AUGAGUGAUGCAAAUGACACUGAUUAUUUGCUGGACUUGGAAAUUCAAAACAUACCAAAGAAAGUAACGUUUUCUGAUGUUAUCAAGGUAUACACAGAGCCAAUUGAUCAAAGUAUUCCUCUUGAAAAUAUUAUCAAACCAAUUAUAUCAAAUAAACCUGUGAAAAGUAUAUUAAGGCCGCCGAAAUACAAAAGUUUUUCAGAUCAGCAAAACAUAACUUCGUGUACAGUUGUAAUAAUAUUAUUACUGUUUCUCUCCAUUAUAUUUGUUGGUGUAGGCAUAUUGAUUCAGAAGAUACUCAUACUCGAAAUGGAAAGAGGUAAUUCAUCAAUUAAUGGUACAUCAGGUUCAAAAUAG